UCAUUCCUUCAUUUCCCUCCUCCUCCUCCUCUUCCUUUUCUAUAUCUCCGCCCGCCACGUGUCCUACGUAGUACGUACCGUGCUGGGACCCACGCUCUACCUCCUCCGACCUCCAAGCGCACCAAAUUCUGAGCGCCAUCUCUCUGCUUUCAUUCUCUGUCUCUAGCUGUCUCGCUGACCUUUGCGGCGAUUAUUUUUUUUCCAAUUAUAAAACUUAUUUAGUUUUGUUGAAGUCUGCUGUUCUGCCAUUUGUUGCGUUACAGCUUGAGAUCGCGUUGUCUAGCUUUGGUUUUGGUCUCAUUCUUCGCCGUAGAUCAGGUACAUUCGGAAUUUUCUCCUCGGCACAGCAGCGCUCUCUGUUGGUCUCCGAUUUCGUGUCCGAUUCGUGGAGUCUUGGGAUCGGACUUGGGGCGACGCUCAUUGGAGGUCUUGAUUGAUGUAAAGAAUUGUUAUCGGUACAAUGUCCGGCCCUUUGGAUCGUUUUGCUAGACCUUGUUUUGAGGGUUUCUCUGGUAGUGAUGAGAAAAGAGAAAGAAGAUCUGAUUUUGAGAACUCUGAGGAUGAAAGGAGGACAAGAAUUGGAUCUCUUAAAAAGAAAGCAAUUAACGCAUCUACCAAAUUUAGGCAUUCUCUCAAGAAAAAGAGUAGCAGGAGAAAAAGUGAUGGCCGUGUCAGCUCUGUGUCCAUUGAGGAUGUUCGGGAUGUUGAGGAGUUGCGGGCUGUUGAUGCAUUUCGGCAAUCACUGAUUAUGGACGAAUUGCUUCCAGAAAGACAUGAUGAUUACCAUAUGAUGUUAAGAUUUCUGAAAGCAAGGAAAUUUGAUAUCGAGAAAGCAAAACAUAUGUGGGCUGAUAUGCUACAAUGGAGGAAGGAAUUUGGUGCUGACACUAUUAUGGAGGAUUUUGAGUUCAAAGAGUUAAAUGAAGUCGUGAAUUAUUACCCUCAUGGUCAUCAUGGUGUUGAUAAGGAGGGAAGACCUGUUUACAUUGAAAGGCUUGGAAAAGUUGAUCCAAACAGACUUAUGCAAGUUACAACCAUGGACAGAUAUGUAAAGUACCAUGUUCAGGAGUUUGAGAAAGCUUUCACAAUAAAGUUUCCAGCUUGCACUAUUGCGGCCAAGAAACACAUUGAUUCAAGUACCACGAUCUUAGAUGUUCAAGGCGUGGGCCUUAAAAAUUUUACAAAAUCUGCCCGGGACCUCAUCACACGAUUACAGAAGAUCGAUGGUGACAAUUACCCUGAGACUCUCUGCCAAAUGUUUAUUAUAAAUGCUGGCCCUGGAUUUAGACUGCUGUGGAACACUGUCAAGACUUUUCUAGAUCCCAAAACGACUUCAAAGAUUCACGUUCUUGGAAACAAGUACCAGAGCAAAUUGCUUGAAGUUAUUGAUGCCAGUGAAUUGCCGGAAUUCCUUGGAGGUACUUGCACAUGUGCAGAUCAGGGAGGUUGCCUCAGAUCUGAUAAGGGGCCCUGGAGAAAUCCCGCAAUACUGAAGAUGGUUCUUAGUGGUGAAGCAAGGCGUGCAAGGCAGGUGGUGAAAGUUUUAAAUAGCGAAGGGAAGGUUAUUGCAUAUGCCAAGCCACGAUAUCCUGUGGUAAAAGGCAGUGAUACAUCCACUUGUGAAUCAGGUUCUGAAGCUGAAGAUAUAGCAUCACCAAAAGCAAUGAAGAGUUACUCACACCUUAGGUUGACCCCUGUUCGUGAGGAAGCCAAGGUAGUGGGAAAGACAAAUUAUGCUGGUAACCUACCUGGUUAUGAUGAAUAUGUCCCGAUGGUGGACAAAGCUGUUGAUGCUAGCUGGAAGAAUCAAGCAUCUCUCCAGAGAUCAUAUACUUCAAAAGGUGCACCUCCCCUUCCUGACAUUCAGAAAACUCCAGAAGGGAUUCGAGCUCGGAUUUGGGUGGCCCUGACUGUUUUCUUCUUGACUGUAUUUACCCUCUUCCGCUCAGUCGCAUGCCACGUGACCAAGAAACUUCCUGCAGCGGCAAGAAAAGAUGAUCAGAGCACUUCAGAAACAGCUCUUGAUAUCUCAAACAAGGAUGACUGUCGUCCUCCUUCACCAACUGCAGUAUGUACAGAGGCAGAUCUUCUCCCCUCUAUGCUAAAAAGGUUGAGCGAGCUUGAAGAGAAGGUUGAAACUCUCCAAUCGAAGCCAUCUGCGAUGCCUUUGGAGAAAGAGGAAUUGUUGAAUGCUGCAGUUUACCGGGUAGAUGCUUUAGAAGCAGAGUUAAUUGCCACAAAGAAGGCUCUCUAUGAAGCACUAAUGAGGCAAGAGGAGCUGCUUGCUUACAUCGAUAGACAGGAAGAAGCCAAGUUACGGAAAAAGAAGUUUUGCUGGUGAGUUUUGUUGGUGACGGAGAAAACUCUUACGGAGGAGGAUGCUUCUUCUCAAAGCAAGCGGUGUUUCCAUGCUAAUGAGUGUUGACGUCUCACAUGAUGUAAACUCUGGACAGUUUUUGUUGAAGUGUAUUGUGAUCAAACUAAUGAAGAAUUUGUUUCAAAUGUUUGUAUAGCCCCAGUGGUGGCUUCUUUUUUCAGCUUGUAUGCGAGCAUUGCGUUUGUGUUGAGCACCUUCGUUUGAUUUCUCGCAUUGUGUUGCUUCUGCUUGCUGGAAAAAGCACGUUUUUCCGACAUCUCCAGCACCGAGGAAUAUCAUCAUCUCAUUAGCAUGCUAAAAUUGGCUGAAGGCAUACGGGUUGAGAGAUUCUAUGACAACACAUCAUGCAUGUAAAAGAGCGACAACAUGAUAAAAAUGUAUAUGGGAUUUUUUCUUGCUAAUCCAUAACUUGGAUGGCUUUGAAUUGUUUGAUGGUUGUUUUGACGACUUUGUAUUCUCUCUUUUUUUCUUAAAUCUUAAUUCAGGCAGUGUUUGGAAUA